ACCAGGAAGCGCUGGGGGGAGAGGAGCGGAGUUGAGACUGAAGCCAGGAUGGUGGCGUCCUCGCUGAAGCUUCAGGAUCUAAUCCAGGAGAUUCGUGAGGCCAAGACCCAGGCCCAGGAGCGGGAGGUGAUCCAGAAAGAGUGCGCCCACAUCCGGGCCUCCUUCCGCGAUGGGGACCCUCUGCACAGCCACCGCCAGCUGGCCAAACUGCUCUACGUCCACAUGUUAGGCUACCCCGCCCACUUUGGACAGAUGGAGUGCCUGAAACUGAUCGCCUCCCCCAGGUUCACAGACAAGAGGGUGGGCUACCUGGGGGCCAUGCUUCUACUGGAUGAGAGGCAGGAUGCCCACCUGCUCAUUACCAACAGCAUCAAGAAUGACCUGAGCCAGGGAAUUGAGGCUGUCCAAGGCCUAGCCUUGUGCACACUGAGUGCCAUGGGCUCUGCUGAGAUGUGCCGGGACUUGGCCCCCGAGGUGGAGAAGCUGCUCCUGCAGCCCAGUCCCUAUGUGCGCAAGAAGGCUGUUCUGACUGCAGUACACAUGAUCCGGAAGGUCCCUGAACUCUCUGACAUCUUCCUCCCACCCUGUGCCCAGCUGCUUCAUGAACGCCACCAUGGCAUCCUGCUGGGCACUGUCACGCUGAUCACGGAGCUCUGCGAACGAAGCCCUGCAGCCCUCCAGCACUUUCGAAAGGUGGUACCCCAGCUGGUGCACACCCUCCGGACUCUGGUGAUGACAGGAUGCUCCACAGAACACAGCGUGUCUGGAGUCAGCGACCCAUUCCUGCAGGUCCAGAUACUUCGUCUGCUUCGGAUUCUGGGCCGGAACCACGAGGAGAGCAGUGAGACCAUGAAUGACUUGCUGGCCCAGGUAGCCACAAACACUGACACCAGCCGAAAUGCGGGCAAUGCGGUUCUGUUUGAGACGGUGUUGACUAUCAUGGACAUCCGCUCUGCUGCGGGCCUAAGGGUUCUAGCUGUCAACAUUCUUGGCCGCUUCCUACUCAACAGUGACAGGAACAUUAGAUAUGUGGCGCUGACGUCCUUGCUGAAGCUGGUGCAGUCUGAUCACAGUGCCGUGCAGCGGCACCGGCCCACCGUGGUGGAAUGUCUGUGGGAACCUGACGCCUCCCUCAGCCGGCGGGCCCUGGAACUGAGCCUGGCCCUGGUGAAUAGCUCCAACGUGCGAGCCAUGACCCAGGAGCUGCAGGGCUUUCUGGAGGCCUGCCCCCCUGAUCUACGGCCCGACUGUGCCUCUGGCAUCCUACUGGCAGCAGAGAGGUUUGCCCCAACCAAGCGGUGGCACAUAGAUACCAUCCUCCGUGUGCUGACGACGGCAGGCACCUAUGUGCGCGAUGAUGCAGUGGCCAACCUGAUCCAGCUGAUUGGGGGCGCCCAGGAGCUCCACGCCUACUCUGUGCGCCGCCUCUACAGCGCCCUGGCUGAGGACAUCUCCCAGCAACCACUGGUGCAGGUGGCAGCCUGGUGCAUUGGGGAAUACGGAGACCUCCUGCUGGAGGGGACCUGUGAGGAAACUGAGCCCCUGCAGGUGGAGAAAGAGGAGGUGUUGGCACUGCUGGAAAGGGUGCUGCAGUCCCAGAUGUCCCUGCCAGCCACCAGGGGAUAUGCCCUCACGGCCCUCAUGAAGCUCAGCACCCGGCUCCAUGGGGACAACAACCGCAUCUGCCAGGUGAUGUCCAUCUAUGGGAGCUGCCAGGACGUGGAGCUGCAGCAGCGGGCGGUGGAGUACAACGCCCUCUUCCGGAAGUACGACCACCUGAGGGCUGCCGUCCUGGAAAAGAUGCCUCUUGUGGAGCGGGGUGGCCCUCAGGUCGAUGAGGAAGCAAAGGAAAGCAAAGAAGUAGCCCAGCUUUCGGAAGCAGCCCCUGUCCCCACAGAGACCCAGGCCUCAAAGCUCUUGGAUCUGUUAGAUCUCCUGGAUGGCCCUUCUGAGAAUGCCCAGCACCCUCCCCCUCUGGAUCCCACCCCAGGAGACACUUUGAUACACCUCCUUGACCUUCCCUGCGCUCCCCUACCCCCUGCUCCCAUCCCAAAUCUCAAAGUAUUUGAGCGUGAAGGACUUCAGCUGAAUCUUUCUUUUGUUCGACCCCCUGGAACCCCUACUUUGCUGUUAAUCACUGUCACUGCCACCAACACCUCAGGGGGUGACGUCACCCACUUCAUCUGCCAGGCGGCUGUGCCUAAGAGUUUCCAGCUGCAGCUACAGGCCCCCAGUGGAGACACUGUUCCAGCCCAGGGCGGCCUUCCGAUGACCCAGCUGCUCAGAAUCCUCAAUCCUAACAAGGCCCCCUUGCGGUUGAAGUUGCGCCUCACCUACGACCACUUUGGCCAGUCGGUACAGGAAAUCUUUGAGGUGAACAACUUGCCUGUGGAGACAUGGCAGUAACUCAGCCUCCACUCAGAGCCUGCAAUCCUCCUGUGUCCCCAAAUCAGGAGCCCCAGCUACUUGGAUCCAUAUCUGAGGGUGACCAGCAGGUGGCACUCUGGUCCUGUCCUUGCUGCUGCAGAACUGGGGUGGGGGGAACCCCACAAAUGAUGA